AUGGACUUACACCGGUGGAUUUUACAGGACCUCAAAGACUUCGCUCGUCAGUCUGGCCUUGACGUCGUUUACUCCGAAACCGGUCGCGAAAUCGGGAGAGGAUUUGUUGAAUUCGAGACGGCCAAUGAUCUGAAGACUGCUGUCGAAAAACUUGACGGCCGAGAGUUCAAGGGAUCCAGAGUCAGUUGCAUUGCAGACAUCCAAGCGUACGAUGAUCGCUUCUCCCGUGAUCCCUACCGGUCUCGGUCACCACGCAGGAGCUACCCCCCCAUAGAUGAAUAUGACCGGAGGUUCCCUCCACCCCGUGGCUACAGCCCUCGUGCUCACUACCGCGAACGCUCUCCUAUUCCGCUCCGUCGGGACUACUACGAGCGUGACGGCUACGGUCGCCGUACUCCGCCACGCCCCAGGAUUGAUGACUACCCGCCUCCGCGUCGCCCCUAUGAUGACCCUUACCCUCCUGUUCCGCCUCGUUAUGAUGAUCCAUACAUGCAGCCAAGGCCAUACGGGCGCCCUCGGACUCCUCCCAGAGGCGAAUAUGUCCCCUAUGAUCGCCGUGGCUACUGGUAG